UGAGAGAUGGUGACAGCGAUCUUUUGGAAGCAUAAUGGCAGCUUUGCAAUUUCUCGGUGGGACGGUGGCGGUCGGUGCAGGGCUACUUGCUGUGCUUUCCAUCACCUCUGUGCAGCCCACUGAGAUUGCACUGUCGUACAAUUGGCUUUUGAGCACGGUAAGCAGCGAGGUCAUAGCAACACCAGGCCUGAAAUUCAUCGGCCCGUUCAACCGCCUCAUCAGGUACCCGAAGACCAUCCAGACAUUGGAGUACGAUGAGGCACAGCGAGAUUUGCUUGAUGGCCGGACAAGGGACGGAUUGCCGUUGAUUCUUGGGCUUUCCUUCCAGUAUAGACUCAUGGCGGACCGUUUGCCAGACUUGUACUUCACAUACGAGAACGAGAUUGGAGAUUAUGAAAAAAUCUACAAGCUUGUAGGCAUGCACAUGAUCACUGAACUUGCCACCAAGUUCACAGCCUAUCAGUUUUUUAACGAGAAGCAGAAGAUCGCAGAGGUGAUGAGGACUAGCCUCAAUGAAUACUUCUCGAAGAACCUGUUCGCCUCGGUGGAGUCCCUGCAAAUCACUGAAGAUGAUUUGCCAGAGGCCUUCACCACUACGAUUCUCACAGCGGCCACCAGCAAGCAAAAUAUAACGAGAAUGUCAAAGACUUUGGAAGCCAAAAAAGUAGAGUUUCAAACAGCUCGGCAGAUAGCAGAGGCCCAAGCCAACGUCACUAUCCAAAGGGCCAUUGGCGACCAGCACCGCAUUAUGCAAAAUGGCAAGGCUGAUGCUGCCAUCAUAGAGGCCUACGUGGAGGCCGAGCUCACGGCCUAUGGCAAGAUUCACAAAGACUUAGGUCUCUCUGGGGAAGAACUGGUGAACUACAUUUGGUAUGAUACAUUGGGUGGGGGUGGCGUGUCAGCGGACUCCACCAGUGACAAGGACUUUGAGAUGCUUGUCGGAGUCAACCCAAGUGCGUACAUAUCGAAGUGAGUCUCUUCUGCCAAGCGAACGAUGGCACCCCUCUGUAUCACCCCAGUGUAGCUUCCGGAAAAUCGUUCCGUGUGAAUGGUAGGUUCAGAGUAUCGACGGAUGUUAUUGACUUAGCAUCGUGCAGUGUGCGAUACUAAAAGGAGGCUGCUUUCUGGAUCUUGGGUCAAGAAAUAGGUGAGUAGCAAUCUUCAACCAGCAAGCAUUUCCUUGGAGAAGCCACUGCUCUUCAUGUUCCUGAUGCAGCCAUUGCUCAAGGAAGAUUCCCUGCUUCCCCUUGAGCUAGUCAGAGAAGGAACCAUUACUUCCUGCUUGUGGUGAAGCGUUUUGAAGAGAGCUAUGUUUAAGGUUGUCGCAGCGCUGAUCCUUUUCGCAUGGCAGAAUGCCUUUGCAGGUGCAAUGCUCUUUAGCGAAAUGGAGGAGGAGCUCCCAGAAGACGAGACCUCCUUCAUGCAGGUGGGCAUGAGCAAGCCAGUGGCUCGCCCCCGUCGGACGGGAAGAACGGCCAAUUUGGACGCUGAUGAAGAGGAGAGUGGUUUUGUUACUGACCUGAAGCCAAUUAACUGAAGCCGCCACUUCAUGGUCAUCCCAAUUUGUCCGAAAGCUAGAGUGCUAGCCCAAGUUCAAGAUGGGAAGAGUUUGAGAGCGAUGAGUUCUCAAUGUAAUGGGGCCUGCAGGUUCUUUGAGUGAAGGGUAGGAAGCUUCACUCGCAAGUCCUGAGUGGCCACAGUGAGAUGGUGACAGAGAGUGC